UCUGGACCAAAUCAAGGUGAAGAAUCAUGGACCAGAUAAGAUGAAAAAUUCAGCAGACAUAGUUUAGUGCCAAAACAUACGCUACUGGAGAAAAGGAGACUGUAUAUAUAAGGCAACACUGGAAACCAAGGGUAGUGCAUGCAACUUUUAAAAAAUUUCUUAGGAGCGCCUAAGUGACACAGAGGACGACUGAUUUCAAGUAAAUAACUUGGAGCGAAAAGAUCUAUAAAGCCUCCAAUACCAACCCCAUCAUCAUAAAGACUUGUCUAGGUUAUAACAGUACAAAGAGUUACUGUCCACUUAUCCCGCGGAUGCUUGCUGGAAGAUCAGGCUGACAACACACGUGUGGCACGUCAAGGGUCUUACGAUCAGAAAAUGGUACUGCAGAUCAGAACAGAUCGGGAUGAAGAUUCAAACAACAGGUCACCAAAAUGCACCCUACUUAGCCCAUGCUCUCACCGACUGGUGACAAAGGACGGACACAGCCUGGUUAAAGCUGUGAGUAUGCAAGGGCAGGGUCUGAUGCAUCUCCGUGAUAUCUGGGGGUUGUUACUGGACAUGCGCUGGCGCUGGAUGAUGCUGGCCUUCUCUGCAUCUUUCCUAGCACACUGGCUCCUGUUUGCCAUUUUCUGGUAUCUGCUGGCUGAGAUGAAUGGGGAUCUGGCAGUGGAUCAUGACGCACCUCCAGAGAACCACACCAUUUGUGUCAAGUACAUAACAAGCUUCACUGCUGCCUUUUCAUUCUCAUUGGAGACACAACUCACCAUUGGAUAUGGCACUAUGUUUCCAAGUGGUGACUGCCCAAGUGCCAUUGCUCUGCUAGCUGUACAGAUGCUUCUUGGGCUCAUGUUGGAGGCCUUCAUUACAGGUGUUUUUGUGGCAAAGAUUGCAAGACCAAAAAACCGCUCCCCCUCAAUCAGAUUCUCAAGGCUGGCUGUGGUGGGCAACCCUGAAGGAAAACCUUGUCUAAUGUUUCAAGUGGCCAACACACGCCCAAGCCCUUUAACAAUGGUGAAGGUCAGUGGGAUCCUAUACCAGGAGAGAGGGGAUGGGCAAAUUCAACAGACCAAUGUGGAGUUUUUGCUGGACAGUCAAGUUAGUGGAGCAGAGUGUCCGUUCUUCUCAUUUCCCCUUACUUACUCCCACAGUUUAUGUUCUGGAAGUCCACUGGCAGUCCUGUUACAGAGAGAAUCGUUACCUUCUGCUGGUCACUUGGAACUUGUGGUCUGUCUGUCAGCUACUCAGGAAAGCUCAGGAGAAAUCUGCCAGUGCCGUACUUCCUAUCUGCCCAGUGAGAUUCUCCAAGGUCACAGGUUUGCCCCAUGCCUAACACGUCGGCUUGAAGGAGGAUACCGUAUAUGUAUGGAAUCAUUUGGUCGACCCCUACCAGAGCUUCCACAACCUUCACACAGACCACCGUACAGAACUGAUCUGGAGGUCUGUGCCAAUGGGCAGAGAGGGGACACCUUCCAAAUCUGUGAGACUGGUCUGGGGGAGUAACUGCUCGCAACCACAUCAAGGUCCUUACCCUUCCAGCCAUCCUAAACCUAACCGCCAUGCUGAGCCUUUAUCAAAGGAUUAGGCGUGGUGUUCAUAAGGUUCCUAAGAUUGUUCUGUGAUAGCUUAACUACUGUAUACCAUGGACUGUUUCCCCUUUGGACAAAGAAGGGGCCCAACAGAGCUAACUAUAAUGACUCAGUGGUGAGCAAGCACUCCGGAGAAGUCAGAGUAGGUGCAUGAGGCAAAAGGUGUGUGCACAUUCAUGAACACUCACAAAAUGUGCUCUAAAAGUACAAAUGAUACAACAGACACUAGAAGGAAAUUAAGCCUUAUCACUGCACUAAAAGGUUUGAUUUAAUUUUUCUUCAGAUAUUUCUCUGACAGGGCGGAGUUCAUUUGCAUUUUGCAAACAAAUGUGUGCAAAACGGUUAACACUUGCUUUGUACAUCAAAGUGUAAAACUUUACAUUUAUGUUAAUAUAAAUGCACACAUACAUCAUCACUGACACUCUUACUUGAUAAACAUACAAGACUCGUAAAGCAAUUCAGUUAUCACAGAGACAAAAGAAUAAGUGACGCAUGUAAGCCAGUGGCAAGGAUGAAUUGCAAGCAUACUGUGCUUUAAUGAACCUGACUAAACUCUUAGAAUUCCUGUACUAACAUUUGGCGACCCUAGCUAACAGAAUACUCCGACAAAAAUCCUAAACCAAACAGAAGCUGUCCAGAAGAGGAGCGAGCAAAGGGACUGCACAGAGACUGGCAGAGUGAUAUCCCCACUAUCUGCUUAUGACAUUUAUCCUGAAUAAAACAUGUGCUUCUAGUAA